AUGAUAGGAGAUUCGAACCUGCGCCAUCUGGUGGAAAUGAUGGCGUACCAUCAGCUGUGUACACCCACGGCUCAGCUGAUCGGCAUGCAGAACUGGCACAGCCCACAACUGUGUAUAAACCAUCAGUACAAGUACGCUGUCCGGUGGCGGACUCAUGCCAUGCCCUUCCACACUAACGCCGACCACUGGGCCCCCCGGGUCAAUCAGCAAUCUGUUGGGACGUCACUGGACGAGAUACCGGCCACUGGAGAGUACAUUAUCCUCAUCCACAUGUAUCUGCACUUCUCGACACACCACUACAGCGUUUACCACGAGCGCAUCAAAGAUUUCGCCAAAGCAGUGGGGCGACUAGUUGUGCGGAACCCUACAGUCAAAAUUCUCGUACGUGGCCCGCAUGUCACCUACAAAGGGUGGGCUCCAGUCCUAGGUGGGGAUUUACAAGCUCCUCUGUACCUGAGAAUACUAAAGGACGAGUUUAAAGACCUAUACGACAAGGUCUACUUCUUCGACUUCUGGGACUACACGACAGCUGCUGAGAGCGUUGGCUUCCAUCCCAUUGGCCACAUCACCUCUGAGAAGCUCAAAUUUAUAUUUUCCACCGUGUGCGACUAG